AUGGAGAAGCGCCCGAGGACUGCUCACGGCAAUACUACCAAUCCGCCACACUCAGUGGAGGAAAACCCCAGCGUCGCUCAUGAUGGUGCCGCGAUGGCCCCAAUUGCAACGCAACGAGUUCCCGUGAAGGAGAAUCUCGCGCUAGGUGUAGUCGAGCGGUUCCUCGCUGGCCUUGACCCACCGAUGCACCAGGGUCACCUACCGAUUCUGUUUCGAAAGCUCGGAGUCAGCGGAGUCAAGUUUGACGCAAUGUGCCGACUCGCUGACGAGGAACGCACUGAGUUCCUGGACAGGCACCUUCAACCCUUUAUCAGCGCCAUUGACUUGCAUAUCUUGAAGUGCGGUUUCAGGAAGCAAGCCGCGCAUCAAUGCGCUGGUGCUCGGGAUGAAUGA